UCUGAGUUUCAGUACUCUGACAUUUCGAUAAACAAUAUUCAUCGUGGUGUCACGUGAUGUGUGGUGUUUUGAAUUUUAAUUUGGUUAAAAUAAUAAUAUGAAUCUUUCUUAAUUUAUAUUUUGAAAUUACAAAAUGGUUGUGUGCCAGGCUGAACAUGUUAUUCAAGCUGAUGUGAUUUUCCUUAUCGAAGGAACUGCAGUGAAUGGAGCUUACCUCAAUGAUAUAAAAACAAGUUAUAUCAUUCCAUCUUUGGAAUACUUCAACCAGGGAAAUAUCGAUGAUACAAAUUAUAUCUCUGAAAAUGCAAACUCAUUAUAUGGAAUAGUUGUUUAUCAAGCAGCCGAUUGUUUGCCUCAUCCCAGUACGGAUACAUUUGGGCCAUUGUCUAGUCCUACUAAAUUACUGAAUGCGAUAGAUAAAUUAGAAUUAGUUGGUGGUAAAAGUGAGUCUCAUUCAAAUAUUGCCGAAGGUCUAGCAACCGCUCUGAAUUGUUUUGAAGAACUUCAACAGAAAAGAGAUGCUAGUGCUAAUGUUCAGAAACAUUGCAUUCUCAUCUGCAAUUCACCCCCUUACUCGCUACCGGUUUUAGAAUCUCAUUUAUACUCGGGUAAAACUGCUGAGCAACUCGCUACUAUUUUACAAGAGAAAAAUAUCAACUUUUCUGUGGUAUCGCCAAGAAAAAUUCCGACACUCUAUAAACUAUUUGAGAAAGCUGGAGGUGAUUUAACAUCAUCUCAAACAAAAAACUACGCUAAAGAUCCUAGGCACUUGGUAUUGUUGAAAGGUUUCAGUCUCAAAGAACGACCAAUCAGUCCCCCACCCGGUAGUGUCACUGCUAAUCCGAACCAGAUGGCAAACUCCGUCCUUCCGGUGACAUCACUUCCUAGUCCGUUACCGGGAAGUGAGAGCCCCAUACCUGGAGGUAGUCAGGCCAACCCCAACAUUUUGACCAACUCUUCUGCUGGGGCCAAUGCAUCGCAGAAUAACGUCUAUCGUCCACAAGGUGCCCAAGGCAUCAACAUGCCGCAACAAAAAGUGGUAGGAGUUGUUAAUGUUCCCGCGGGACGUAUGAUGGGCAACAACCAAAUGCCAAUAAUGCAAGUGAACAAUCCUCCUGGCUAUCUUUCUGCUGCUGGACAAAUGAAUCGUACAUCUCCCCAUUGGUCUAUGCAUCCACCUGUUCAGCAACCAAGACCUUAUAUGCAACAGCCAAAUCAACAGGUUAACACCACACAGGGUAGUGCUCUUAUAGCUCAACUUACUCAACCUCCUUCUUCAUUGCCGGGAACUGCAGUAACCCAGUUUGGACAAAUGCCUUCAAAUUCACCUAUCAACAAAAUGAAUCUACCACCCCAACAAAACACUCAAACUUCAAUAGCACCUAACCAGACGGCUAUCCAAACUUCGAUGGCUCAAGCAUCACAAGGUAAUCCAGCUGUAACGUCACAAGCACAGAUUCAGAACAUGCAGCCUGGAGUUCAAGGGCAAUCCCAACAAAUCAAUUCAGUGAGGGAAAGGCACACUAUCUGGCAAGGACUCUUGGAAUGGAUAGAAAAGCCGAAAAAUGCCACAGAUCAACAAAAGAUUACAAAACAUGUCCCUUGUCAAGUUUCUGCCAAUUCAAAAGACGGUGAUCCCGAAUUAAAAGCGGAUGGUUGGCCACAAAAACUGAUAAUGCAGCUCAUGCCCAAGCAACUAAUUGGGAAUAUCGGAGGUGCAUAUUUGAAGAAUUCAAAGUCAGUACUUUUUCAUCCUCAGGCCUGUGAUGCUUUGGAAUCUCUCACCAGGGUCAUGAGUUCCGGAUUUGCUGGAUGUGUCCAUUUCACGAGUAUUCCAAAUCACUCUCCUUGUGAUAUCAAAGUACUUAUUUUAUUGUACACCACAGACAAGAGGGCAUAUCUUGGAUUCAUACCCAAUGAUCAAGUGGCAUUCGUUGAUCGUCUGAGGAAAGUCAUACAGCAGCAGAAAUCCAAUCAACAACAAAUGAGACAGGGAGUUCCUGGUGCACCGGCGAUGAAUCCGCAAGUUGGUACUCCACCGCAGAUGACCGGCGCGAAUCCGGCCACACCGCAGAACCCCCAACAGAACCUCCUAAUUUCCCCUGCCAGCGGUAUGUCGAUGGGGGGCGGACAAAUAACGCAGAAUGUCGGCGGCGGGCAGCCCGGACCGGCGAUGAGCGGCAUGAUCGGACAAAAUGCGACGCCGGGAGGCAUGCGGCCCAAUAUCAGGAUGUCAGGAAUUCAGCCUGAUACUAGCCAGCCGAAUAUCCAACAGCCAAAUAUGAUGCAGCCUCAAGAAAAUCAACUAGAAGUGGAGAGGAGAAGGAAUCUUGAUAAAAUAAACCAACUAAAACAGACUCUAGAAGCAGCUCAGCAACAAGAAAGACAAUACAAAAGUCAGUUAGAAAGAAUCAGUCACAUGAAGACCUCACAGCUUGAACAAGCUUUGCAAGUGGCUCAGCAGACCGAAAUGCAUUUCAAAAUGUUGGAAAACCAACAAAGGCAACAAAUUGCGAAUCAGGGCAAUCCACAGGUAGCAGCACAGCAACAGCCGCAGAGACUGAUGAGGCCCUCUAUGUCAAAUAAUCCCGGACUAAGGCAUUUACUUCAGCAGCAACCACAAUAUCGACAACUGAUAAAUGUUCAACAGAUGGGAGGCAAUGGAGCUAGACCACAAAUGGGUCAACAAAUGCCUAAUUCGCAGCCAGGCCAAAUGGGCACCUUCGAUGAAGUGGCAGGCUUUGACUUGAAUAAUAUUAUAUAAAUUUUUUUAUUAAUAAAAUCCAAUUUCGGAUUUGGAUAAACAUUUCAUGGAUAAAACUAAUUUUUCUACAAGCAGUAUAU